AUGGACCAAGUACAGAUCGAUUUUGAUCCUGCUCAGACGGACUCGACGGAAUUGACCCUUGGGAAAGCCAUGUCGGACGAAGAGUUGAACGACAAGAUGGCCGACAUAAAGGUGGAGGGCGAAAAGAAACUCACAAAAAGAGAGUUGAAGAAGUUGGCGAAACGAGCAGGAUAUGAGAAAGAAAUUUUGGCAAUGGGUGGAACAGUUGAUGGUCAGAAUGCAAGCGAAAUUCAGAACGAGGAAGGUGAAAAAGGAGGUAUUGGAUCCGGGGCUCACCUCGGCGGUCAAUUCACUGUUUCUCAGUCUUCACAAAGUCAGACUCAGAAGCAGCAAGCCGACAAUAAUAUGGAUAUCAAGGUUGAAAAUUUUGACAUUGGUGCCCAAGGUAAACUCCUUUUCGAAAAGGCUUCGUUAACAAUUGUUUAUGGCAGACGAUACGGAUUGGUUGGGCCUAAUGGGUGUGUACAAAUUCCAUUAUCUCAAUCUGUA